AUGGAUGUUAUCAAGAAGUCAAUUCCGAAAAGCGUCUUGAUCUUUGGCGCUGCUGGCCACAUCGGCCAACCGCUAGCGGAAUUUCUCACACGAGAAGCCCCUGAUAUUCAACUCUCGCUCGUUGCAAGAAGCCCCGAAAAACAGAAAAUGCUACAGCACAAAUUUCCCAACGCCCGGGUUCUCGCGGCUGACUACGAGGACCCAUCUUCGCUCGCCACUGCUGUAAAGGGCAUUGAAGGUGUUUUCGUCAUAUCAUCCAGUGGCAUGUUGGAAACCAGUGCCAUGACGAACCUCACAAAUGUUCUCAAGCAAGAUGGCUCUGCUGUUCAUGUCAUCCGGUUGCUCGGGAUAUUCCCUGAGUUCAAUCCCCAUCGCGUGCCUACAAAUCUAGGGCCAGGAAGCCUGCCUGUUGAACAUCCGAUUGCGAAGCGUAUCUUGGAUGAAAGCGGACUUCCAGUUACAUACAUCAACUCCGGGGCUUCCUUCAUUGAUAAUUUAUGGUUACAGAUCCAACCCGUCCUACUGCACAAGAAGUUCAUCUGGCCAGAGCACCGAGUGCCAUUUGUCGACCCGCGCGACAUUGCCGAAGUCGCCGGACGUUUGUUUCUUUCAGAUAAUGCCAAGCACAUAGGUGCAUUUCACACAAUGAACAACGGUCAUGACUGGCUGAACUCUGAAGAAGUGGCGGGAAUUCUCAGUGAAGAACUGGGUGAGCCGAUUCCCUUUGACGGAAGCUAUGAGGGUUUCAUGGAGUUCUGGGGUCCGAGGAUGGGAAAGAAGGCGGAGCGACUAUGGAAUUUCUUCAAGUUCGAACAGGCUAACGAGGAACAUUGGGCUUUAAAUAGUUUUGUCGAGCGGAUCUUAGGGAGGAAGCCUACUACUGUCAGGGGCUGGAUAGUGGAGCACAAGGAUGGUCUAUUGAACGCUAAGCAUCUGGUAUCGUGGGGACAGUGA